AUGUCAUGCGAUGAAUACAAUAUAUCGGCCCUUUCCUCUGAUUCUCAUUCAGAUCGUGGAACUACCCUAAAUGAGGAAGCUAGCAUCACCAUGAAGCAGUUUAGCCAGCUAUUUGACAUGAAGAUAAAUAGCCUGAGGGAAACACUCACAUUGGAGAUUAGACAAAACAUAAAAAGCGAAAUGUUUAAUGUGUCUGAGCAGCUUAAAUCGGAAUUUUCUUCCACAACUGACUUUCUAGCGGCUAAACAAUACGACACGGAAAACACCGUCCAAGAAAUGAGUAAAACGAUAUCUCGCCUUGAGUCGGACAAGGCUGAGUUGAGAGUGCAGGUCGCCAAACUACAACAGCGGAUUGGCAUAGUGGAAAAGUCAUCAAGAAGCCUCAACCUUGAAAUACAGGCGGUGCCCGAGCGUCAUAACGAGGAUGUUGUUGCCAUUGUUAAGGGUCUAUGCGACACAAUAAAUGUCCCAAUUUCGGACGGUGACAUACGCUCGUGCAGACGUAUUGCAAAACUCAACCCUACCUCUAGCCGCCCCCGCACUAUACUAGCCACGUUGCCAUCGGAGCGAGUCAGGGACGUGAUAAUUUCAGGCGUCAAGAGAUUCAACCGCAGCAACAAACAAGAACCACUCAACUCCCGCCACCUUGGCGUCCCCGGAGAUAAGUCACCGAUAUUUGUUUCGGAGCAUUUGUCAGCGGAAUGCAAAGAUCUACACGCCGCUGCCCGUAUGGCUGCCAAGGAAAAACGUUACAAAUAUGUAUGGGUGAAAUUUGGUCGCGUGUACAUGAGGAAAGACGACACGUCUCCCGCUUUACAUAUAAAGAACAAGGAAUCAUUGGAAAAAAAUUGUAAAACUUAA